UAGGUCACGUAGUGUUAACAGCUGGUCCCGGAAGCAAAAGGCAAGGGGCGUAGGAAGACGGAAAGGAGGGACCUGCGUCCGGAUCGGCCGGCUGGGGGCGGGGCCGGGUAUGGUAACGGCUCGGAAGACGAGGGGGCUGGACCGGAGGGAAGCGAAGAAACCGGUACCCGGUGCUUCUGUUUCUUACGCGGUUCCUCCUGUUCUUGUGGCCCCCGCGGGUCCCGCUUCAGCCAUGAUGAUCCACGGGUUCCAGAGUAGCCACCAGGACUUCUCCUUCGGGCCCUGGAAGCUGACGGCUGCCAAGACCCAUAUCAUGAAGUCGGCGGAUGUGGAGAAGCUAGCUGAUGAAUUGCAUAUGCCAUCUCUCCCUGAAAUGAUGUUUGGAGACAAUGUUCUGAGAAUCCAGCAUGGCUCUGGCUUUGGAAUCGAGUUCAAUGCUACAGAUGCAUUGAGAUGUGUAAAUAACUACCAAGGGAUGCUUAAGGUAGCCUGUGCUGAAGAGUGGCAGGAAAGCAGGACGGAAGGUGAACACUCUAAAGAAGUUAUUAAACCAUAUGAUUGGACCUUUACAACGGAUUACAAGGGAACAUUACUUGGCGAAUCAUUUAAGUUAAAGGUUGUACCUACAACAGAUCAUAUAGAUACAGAGAAAUUGAAAGCCAGAGAACAAAUUAAGUUUUUUGAAGAAGUUCUCCUAUUUGAAGAUGAAUUGCAUGAUCAUGGAGUUUCAAGCCUGAGUGUGAAAAUUAGAGUAAUGCCUUCUAGCUUUUUCCUGUUGUUGCGGUUUUUCUUGAGAAUUGAUGGGGUGCUUAUCAGAAUGAAUGACACACGACUUUACCACGAGGCUGACAAGACCUACAUGCUACGAGAAUAUACAUCACGAGAGAGCAAAAUUGCCAAUUUAAUGCAUGUUUCACCUUCCCUCUUCACGGAACCCAAUGAAAUAUCACAGUAUUUACCGAUAAAGGAGGCAGUUUGUGAGAAGCUGUUAUUUCCAGAGCGAAUUGACCUUAAUCCUGCAGGCUCAAAAGAAAAUAAACCCAUGGAAUAGAGUGUGAUGCAGCGUAUACUCAUCGUAGAAUCUGAGUGGCAAUCUUGACUAUUUGUAGGGGGGCAGUUUUUAUUAUGAAAAUGAAUUGCCUUGGUUAUGUGCCGAUUUUCUGUAGCCUUAAAGAAAGACAAAUAAAAGAUUAUUGCAGGCAGGUUCCACUCAACUGAUGUUUGUAUUGUCUUCAAGUUCUUAUUCCAGAUUUACAUUUUCUGGAGUUUAAUUCAGAUUUCAAAAUUGUCAUAAAAUGGGAACUCAGCAGUAGUGAUUUGCAUGUGUC